AUGUUGUUCUAUUUGACAACUCUGAGUCUGGACCGUUUCCUGAAGGAAGAUGCUCCUAAACUGAAUGAGGGAGAAGAAUCUGACAAGGAAAAGGUUGUUGCCGUUGAUGCUUUUAAGCAUUCUGACUUCCUUUGGCGGAACUAUAUUCUCAAUGCUCUGGACAACACAUUGUAUAAUGUGUACUGUACCCUGAAGACUAGUAAGGAACUUUGGGAUAGUCUGGACAAGACGUAUAAAACUGAGGAUGCUGCCUUAAAGAAAUUCAUAGUUGGCAGAUUCUUGGACUUCAAGAUGCAAGACCCCAAAUCUGUUGUGAGUCAAGUUGAGGAACUUCAAGUGAUUGUGCAUGAAAUUCAUGCAGAAGGAAUGUCUCUUAGUGAGUCUUUCCAUAUUGCUGCUUUCAUAGAAAAAUUACCAAAUUCUUGGAGAGACUUCAAGAAUUAUCUGAAGCAUAAGCGCAAGGAAUUAUCACUUGAAGAUCUGGUUACGAGAUUGAGAAUAGAAGAAGACAAUAAGAUGUCUGACAAGAGGAAUUAUCUCUAA